AGUGCCGCCCUUCAUAAAGUGUUAGUGUCCAAGCUCCUGAGUAAAAACACAAAACUGCGUAUAUAUAAGACGGUCAUACGGCCUAUACUCAUGUACGGAUGCGAGACUUGGACGCUAACACUUAAAGAAGAAAACAAGCUCCUGGUGGCAGAAAGGAGAAUACUCGGAAAAAUCCUUGGUCCUGUGAAAAGGGAAGAUGGCAGUUUUAGACUCCGAAAAAACGUCGAGAUUGAAGAUCUUGUGGCUGCACCCAACAUUAUAGGCGAGACAAAAGCUCACCGUCUCCGCUGGUUCGGCCACGUUUUGAGAAUGGAGGAGGAUCGCGGCGUUAAAAGGGCGUACUUGGGACGCCAGGUGGGGCGGAGGCCGGUCGGACGUCCCAGGUAUCGCUGGGGCGAUGCUGUUGGAGUAGAUUUGAGCGCUCUCCAUGCCGAUAACUGGCGGGAGAUGGCACAGGAUCGAGACGACUGGCGUAUACUCGUGUCGGAGGCCAAGACUCAUUUUGGGUCGCUGCGCCAUUAA